UCCUCCCUCCUGCGUCCGACGCUUCGGGUUUUCAGGUGACUUGUUCAUGGAUUUUUAUCUAUGAAUUAAACGCGUCCACGAUCUAUUCAAACAUGUCUCGCUGUGCGUAAAAUGCCGCGCGUUGUGCGCCCUGGCGCAGACGAUUCCUCGGAAAAUGCGCGGUGUCAGACGCGUUCCCUUCACGCUCCGCUGCUGUGGACUGGUGCUGAGCAGGAGUGGCAUCCCGGAGAUGAGAGCUGGAUGAAAGCGCGUCCUGUAGGUCUCAGGCAUGCAUCGAGCAGUGAGAUCAUUGGCGUUAUAAAUAUCCCGGUGCCAGCAGCAGCUCCAGCUCCUCCAUCGGGGCAAUGCCCGGCAGCGCCGCACGCGUGUGUGCGCACGCUUUCUGGUGGCCAGAUCUCAGGAGCGACACAGAAAUGCUGGAAGUGGAAGUGGAAGUGGCCUAGCGAGCGUCCCCUCCGUGGAAGGAUGAACGCUCCUCUCUGCCUCCUCACCUUCGCUCAGCUGGUUUGCGCCGCCGGAGCAGGGCGCGUUUCUGUGGAGCGUCUGGAAGAGGGGAUCCGCUCGGGGCGCAGGACCUGCAGGCUCUACUGCAGGGUUGGCAUCGGCUUUCAUCUUCAGAUUCACCCCGACGGCAGAGUGAACGGCAGCCAUGAGCCCAACCAGCUGAGUGUCCUGGAGCUCUUUGCCGUUUCUCAGGGAGUCAUUGGCAUCAAAGGCGUCUAUAGUAACAGAUUCCUGGCCAUGAACAACAGAGGGAGGCUCCAUGCCACUGAAUGGUUCACGGACGACUGUAAGUUCAGGGAGCGCUUCCAGGAGAACAGCUACAACACCUACGCCUCAGUACUCCACAGGAACCACAGGACUGGUCGCGAGUGGUUCGUGGCCCUCAACAAGAGAGGGAAGGCCAAAAUGGGCUCCAGCCCCCGGGUCAAGUCACAGCACGUGUCCACUCACUUCCUGCCCAGAGUCAGUCUGGACGACAGCGGGCAGCAGGGCUUCACCAUAACCGACAGAAGCAAAGAGAGGAGGAAAAACCCGCCGCUAGCAGCGCAGACACCUGCGCUAGCGCAGACGAAGGCUAACAUCCACGGAGCAACCACUCCGAGACGAACCCAGGUCAAGUACUGGCCCAAGUACCGCUUCGGGUAGAUGUCCCAGGGUGCGGCUUGUGCAGGAGUAAUGGAUGCCCUAAAACUUCAUCACAUUCCAGGAAGCUUUGAAAAGUGUGAAGAACUUAAAACGGCCGCUGCAGCUGCGAGUGGACGCUUUGUUCUGUCUGAUGUGAUGUCAGUACGUGAACUAAAGCAGACAAUGAGCCCAAAAUCAGAUGCUGUUUUAUUCUGCAUAUUCACGUCUCUGUAAUGUUUAGUUGGGCAAAAUCCACUCAUUUGGCUUCAGUCACUGAAGAUGCCUGAUAUAAUAUCCUCCACAUUUCCUGAAAGAAACGACAGGUGAGGAGUCACUUUUUUCACAUGCAAGAUUUAUUUUUGGAAUUCACUGUAAUAUUUACUUUUUUAAAACAUUACAAUUGAAAUAGGGGGAAUGAAUUUAUAACACUGUGUGCUUUUUAACAAUCACACCUGUGUCUUAAGUGUUUAUUUCCUCAUUGAGGCAGAAUCAAUAUUGAGGUUUUAAAGAAAUGUGUCCUUUGAUUGUUUUUACUAGCCAGCAGUAGCUAACGGUAAAUGAGGUGUGAACACGUCUCCCGCCUCAACAUCCACACCAAGUGUCCCUUCCCAAACCCCAAGAAAAUGACGGCUCCCUGGAGACCGACUCCACCUCCCCUCCCAGACAUCAGUGAACUGACUGCCCCCCAUGAACAAACCAGUCAUGACCUCACAGGGGGAUCGCUGCCAGAAUAAAGGAACAGAGCAACAACCAAGCCGUGUGCAGCCGAGUGCCAACGUCCGGGGGAUGAGUUAGGAUGUGAAAGACACAGGACGAUCUGCCUCAGAGCCAGCAUUACUGAGUUAACCCUUUGACGGAGGCGAGCAGCUUCAGAAAGAUUCAAACUAACAAUGAACUCUCUUUAGGCCACAUUAUGUAGAUGUCAAAUACUCAAUACGUGUCAAAUAUUUUUUGUUUUUGUACUAGAUUUUUGAAAAAUAAAAACCUUUGUAAUAAGGAGUUUGUGAUGUAACAGGACUAUUAUUAUUAGAAUGCAGCAGUAAGUACACAUAUUUAUAUUAGAGCUGUGUUAUGUGAUGUUAGUGGAGUUAGUGGACGUGUGCUUAUACAACGCAGCAGAUCACCCUCAAACAUUAAAGACAUGUUUACUUUGCAAUUAGAAACUGUAAUGUAAUGUAUGUGUUACUGAGG